AUGCUCGAAUCACACUCUAUCGAUGAAGCCUCUGAGUGUCGUACCUUCGCGAACGAGUCCGGUGGUGACAAUCUCGUUCGUGUCGGUGGUCUGACGAAUGCUCUUCUAGCAGAUCGUGGAUCUAACUCCAAUCGUGUGAUCAUUGUCGCGUUUAAGACCAUAGCUACCAUGGCUGAUAGGUACGAAUCUAGGGUAUGA